CCGUCACAGCUGCACUCAUGAACCUCCACGCUGAAUAAAGGACCAAACAACCUUGCUUAUUAGUAUAAUAGCGAUUAAUCAUUCAUUCACAACCUGCUGUAUUGUUUUAUCUGUUUGCAUAAACCCAAAUGCCUAUAUAUCGUUUCAUGGUUACACCUUGCAAAUGGACAUUGGGACUGUGUAAAGACGUGAUUCCUGACCACGGCUCCAGGAUGUUCAGACGAUGUAGGAGGAAGUUGUGGCAUCCAUUGAGGCCCUAUACUGGCUCAGUGCCUUCAAGCCCUGAUUCUGAGUUAAAAAAUUCAGAGAUGUCAACCCAAAGCGAGAGACCCUUACACACACCAGUCAUGGUGAAGGAAGUGUUGCAGUUUCUGGACAUCAAACCCGGGCAGGUUGUCCUGGACUUGACCUUUGGGGCCGGAGGUCACUUGAAGGCCAUCCUGCAGUCGGUACCUGAUGUAAUGGUGGUGGCGGCAGAUCGUGACCCCACAGCUUUCCAAAUGGCUCAGCGUUUAGCAGAAGAAUACCCGGGCCAGGUGAAGCCAGUACUAGGAAGGUUCAGUGAGCUGAAUAACCUGCUCCCAAAGUUGGGAUUGGGUCCAGGAGGUGUGGAUGCUGCUCUUCUGGAUGCAGGUUGCUCCUCCAUGCAGAUGGAUUCAGCAGAAAGGGGCUUCUCCCUCAGCAAGGAUGGACCGCUAGACAUGAGGAUGGACAGAGACAGGUACCCCGACAUGCCCUGCGCGGCUGACGUGGUCAACGCCUUAGAUCAACAGGCGCUUGCGUCCGUAUUGGCUGCGUAUGGGGAGGAGCGGCACACCAGGAAAAUUGCGGCGGCCAUCGCACAGGCACGCAGCGUCUACCCCAUCGGCCGGACCCUGCAACUGGCCAGCAUCGUAGCAGGAGCAUUUCCAGCCAGUGCGCUGUACGCCCGGCGUGACCGCCUGCAGCGGCCUUCACACGUUGCCACCAAAACCUUCCAGGCCUUACGGAUAUUUGUAAACAACGAGCUCAAUGAGUUGCAUGCUGGCCUGCAUGUGGCGCAGACUCUGCUCCGUCCCAAGGGGCGACUCUGUGUUCUCACCUUCCAUUCCUUGGAGGACCGGCUGACCAAGCGUUUUCUUCGUGGAGAGGACCUGGCUGCCCCACCACGCCGCAGCAUUCGCCAGCGAGCCAAAGCCCAGCAUGGAUUGGAGAGAGAGGAGCAGGAGGAAGAGAAUGAAGAAGGGGAGAGGGGGCGAGAGAGCACACAUUGGGUCAGUCUGAAGAAAGUGAUAAAGCCAUGUGAGGAAGAGGUGCAGGAGAACCCAAGAGCUCGAUCAGCUAAACUCAGAACAGCAGUAAGACGAUAGACAGUGGUGAAAAUUCAACCAGAGUAACUGAAACUGACAAUUUUUACUAGAUUGCUAUUUUAACUUUUUUCAUGUGUAGUUUCAGUAAUAAAUAUUAGAUCUCCAGAAA